GUCAUUGCGGCCGAUUUUCUCCAGGAAAGUCGCCACCGCUUCGCCAGCGAAAAUGAGCCGAGUGCGAAUUUUGCCACCCCCGCUGGAAACAAGCUCGAGCUCGGUAGAGGAGCACCACCAUUUGUCUAGUGUUUACUGCGUUGCUAUUUCUUUCUGUUUGUAACAUUAGUAGGGCAUGGUGUCCAUGCUCUCGGGCCGGCAGAGUCUGAUCAGGCUUAUCGGGAAGCGAAGGAGGACCCUUCCUCCCAAUCUAUGGCUUCUCCUGGAGUCUGUAGCUUCGGAUUCGAGCAGUGGCAAGAAUAAAGCGUCAUUGGAGGCCUGCUCUGCAGCUGCAGAUUCUGAGAAACCUGGGGACCUUGCAUAUGAUGUGGAAUGGGUUUCCUGCCCUGUUUGCGGGUGUUCCAUUCGGGGGACUGAUUGUAUCAUCAAUUCUCAUUUAGGAUUGGAAUCAUAGUGAGAGACCAUCUAAUGGAGGGGGGUGAGCCUCCAAAGGUGGCAAGACCCGCCUAGCUAUCCCACAAUGGGGUUGAAUCUCCAAAGGCGGUAAGGUACUCCCGGCCAUCUAAUGAUGGAGAUGGAAUCUCCAAAAGCAGUAAGAUCCGCCCAGCCAUCUAUAAGAGGAACAAUGAGCCUCUAGAGGUGUUAAAUCUUGCCCGUCAUGCUAAUAGAAGAGAAUAAGACUUUAGAGGUUGCAAAACUAAGUCAGUGAAGCUGAAGGCCUUUAAAAGGGGAUCAUCAUCACCAAGAUAAAGGAGGAAAAAGGACAACUUUAAGACCACAAACUCAAUUAUCUUCUCAAAAUGCUCAUUCUCUGUUUUGGAAAUGCCAAUUUGACUUGGGUAUUGGAGCAUCACCUGAGCUAAAGGCUUGGACUAGUCUUGUUGUUUCUAUGAAUUGAUUGUAGGGAUCCUUGCCUGAUGAAGAAUGGUGACUGGAGGAGAAUCUAAUUUGAAGAAUUUCAGGAUAAGUGUGGCCCCUAAUCUGGAAGGAGACCAAUCUGGAAAGAGGAAGUGUUUUGGACAACAUUGAGAAGACCCAUCAUCACCACCACAUCUGGUUACAAUUCCUUAUCAUCUGCAUUGUUGAGCAAGCUCGGUGCCAAUCCCAAGAGAUGGAUGGAUUUUUGUGUUAACAUAGUAAAAUCAGUUUAUUACAUUGGUUCUGUUUCCGUAUGUUAAAAAUUGCUACUAAAAAAAACAAAUUUAAGCCAUAACUAAACUCAAAUUCUAAAACUGAACUAACCAGAUUGAGUCAGUUCAGUUGGUUAAAUCAGUUUUAACUAACUCAUACCCCUAUUCAAUCCUUUUUUUCAUCUGUGAGUUUGUAUACAGUGGUGCAUGGUGCAAAUUUCUCUUUAAAUGACUACUAGCCUGUAUUAUUCUUUUUAUAUUUUUCUUUUCUUUAUCCUUAUACUUAAUUUUUGUUGUAAUCCUUUUGUAUUUUCAUUUAGGUCAUAAACUAUUUUUUUUGCAUAUGUACCCAACAAUAUAAACGAAGGUUUCAUUACUUUUCAUUCUGAAAAGUUUAAAAAUUUCUUGUGCGAUAUAUUUCUUAGAAAACAAAGAAAAAAAAUUUAUGUCUAUAAAUAGAAAAAUUGUUUCAUUUUUUUUAUUUUAGCUUCCUUACUAGUAUGGUCAUAAGUUUGUUGGCACAGUUUUUUUAACAUGUAUCCUAGUUACAUUUGGAUAUUACAUUUCUAAUAAUAGAUAUCAAAUGUGCUUUCUAAUCCUAAUGAAAUUUUUAGAACCUGAAAUUCGUUAGUAUUCUUGUCAUUAAUCAAAGUGCAAGUUAACUAUGGACUGCAAUUUGCAUGAGGUGGGAUCAUCUGAUAAGAUAGUUAAUUAAUUCACUAAUAAUUUCUAUCGUACAAUU